GGCGCCGCGGGCACCCGCCGGGCCCGGGGCCAUGCUGCGGGGGGGUCUCCCCUGAGGGCGCAGCCUCCAUGCUGGGCAACACGCGCCCCCCGGCUGGCGGCGGCGCGGGAGGCCUCCCGCCACCCAUGCAGCAGCCCCCGCAGCUGAACCUCCAGGCCUUGCUCGCUGGACUCCAGAGCCUGGCGGGCACCGUGCCAGCGGGCGCCACUGGCGCUUCCCUGGCCCCGCUCCCCAGCCCAGGCCUGCCUCUGGCUGGGCUGGGCGCCGGCUGCGCGGGGACCUCGCCCGGACUUCUGGGCGUGCUGGGGCUGACAGGUCGACCCUUACGGAUUGACAUGGAUGAGUUUGAGCAGAGGCUGUCUGGGCUUGAGAGGGAGGCGAAGCAGUUUGUCCAGCAUAUCAGGCGGGACGAGGGUCUUGCCAUUGUCGCGGAUGAUGACGCAGGAUAUGUGCGGACUCUGGCAAUCAAGGCGGACACGUGCGUUGAUGACAUGCUGCCCUUCGUCGAGGCGUUGGAUGACCUGUUUCAGCAGCCGAUCGCGGGAUGGCCAGUGGAAGGUCCCAGGUCUGUUUCGUGGUUGCUGCAUCAGCUCGCGAAGUUUGGGCAGUCGCCGCUCCAGCGUCACCACUGGUGGCGGCAGGGGCAGCAGCUCGCGGCGGAGGACGCUGGAGUGGAUGCACACGCGUUCUUGAGUGAGUUGCUCGAGGUCGGGAGCCAGGUCGAUCAUAUGUGCUUACCCAGCCUUGUCCUUGCGAAGAUGUUGAGCAAGAGGUACCAGCUGUGCGAGCAGACCGACUACACGGAGCACGCCAGUCCGGAGCCAUUUUCGGCCAUCGAGUGCCGCGACGAGGGGUCUGUGGGCUUAUGGCAGUACGUGCUGCCCGAGUGGCUGGGCCGACCUGUCUUAUGGGGCGCCGCGGUGCUCCACGUCGAGACCUUUGCCGUCGCCUCUGUGAAGCAGGCGCUCGCCGAGGGGGCCGCGCACGCCGUCGUUGCGCGGGCUCCUGACGUCGCGCUGGUCUUGGCUGGCCGCCUUUCGGAGUUCGCCGAGGUCAGCUCGAGGGCGCUUGUCGAGUCCGAGUGGCGCGUGGUCGGCUGCGGUCCAUGCCGCAAAGAUGGCAAGGCGGGCGCUGGCGACCUGGGCGCCAGUGCCGCCCGCAGCUCGGAGUCUGCGUCGGCAGGCCUGUGGACGCAGGCCCUGGCUGCCAAGGGCACCCAAGGGUCCGCUCAGCUAUGGGGGCUCCGCAGGGUCAGACCCAAGGCUCAGGAGGUCUGCCUUGGCGCGCUGCAGGAGCGGGGCCAGGCGGCGGCGGGGUUCGCGGAGUGCAUGUUCGACUGGGGCGCCGAGAGUUCGACCGCCGACCGACUCAGCCUGGGCCCGCUGCGCCUCGCGCCGCUGGUGCUCUGCCAGUCCGUCGAGGGCUGGGAUUGCCAGCGACCCGACCUCUCGUGGCCGCCGCUACCCUGGCCGGUGGCCGUGGGCGCGGCCGUCCAGCUUCUGCAGUCAGGGGGGCGCGACGAGUCGAUCGACGUAAUGGUCGUGCUCGAGGCCGACAUGCGCCCCUCCGUGCUGGCCCUGGAUCGCGGCGAGCAGGGCGCGGCCGGGUGGCUUGCCUCUGCCGCGAGGGCGCAAGAGAGCCUCGCCCCCUCCAAGACGGGCGCCUUCGACAUUAGCGUGCCGCUCGACUUGGACAGUCAGUCCUGGCUCGCCCGCCGUGUCGCGGCGGUGGUGCGCCGCCUCGACGCGAGGAGCCCGCUUCGGGACCUCGAGUCCGUGGGCUUUGCAAGGGGCUUCAAGCGAGCCUUGGGCGACGUCUGCCCGCGGGUGCUGCGGGGCGCGCUCUGCUCGCUGCGCCGUGGGGGUGCCGGCCGCGGCCGCCGCGUGGGCGCCGGAUCCGUGGCCGCCUCGCAGCGGCGCAGGGUGCGGCGGUACUGCCAGAGCGUGGUGCGCUACAAGAAGCACGGCCGCUUGGCGCUCGGGCUGUGGAAGCUCGACUCAGGCGCAAUCUCCAGGCUGCGCCUACCUCUCGGCGCCGUCGGUCGCGAGUUCUAG